UGGAUUUUCCACCCAUCAGCAAAUGACAUUGUACCAGUCGGUUCAUUAUAGGCAUGCGGACUUGUGGAGUUUUGUCUGACACGACAUCAUCAUGGUAGACACAAACAAAAUCAUUGCUAUUUUCGUUGUGUUUGGGAUAACAUUUUUCUUUGGUAUAACACCGAUAUGGCUUCUAAAGUUAUUGUCAAACAAAAUGAAAAACUUAUCCCGGCUCCGUUACAUCAUCAGUUUGACGAACUGUUUCGCCGGGGGUGUCUUCCUCGGCACGGCCAUCCUCCAUCUUAUGCAGGAGUCAAUGGAGACAGUCGCUGAGGCCAUACCGGACGUAGACUUCCCAUUGUCAGGAGUGCUUAUUGGCGCGGGAUUCUUCUUAGUUCUAGCAAUAGAACACACCAUAGGACUUGUCAGUAAAGAUGACGACAGUCCUUUUCUAGGCCAUGGUCAUGAACACGGUCCCACCAGUCAUGACACGCACGGCCAUCACACUCGCGAGUCGCAGGUCGCUUCACUAGAGGAAUCUUCUUCCGGUAAAACCAAUCCAUCGUUGGCUGCAACAGAAGAGAGCGGGGACAUAAUUGAUGGCGUCCGUCCAGUAGUUUACCGCACCAUAGGGGAGACAACUUUUUCUAACGAUAAUACAUCGCAGUCACCGGCACCAAUAGUUCACGUUGAAGAUCGAAAGAAGAAAACAACAAUCAUAGAUGUUUCCGGAGAUGGACGUUCUAGAACAACAAAACGGAUCCGGACCGUAAUUCUUGUAAUCGCUUUAUCCAUCCAUAUGAUAUUCGAAGGAAUGGCGAUAGGAUUGCAGGAUACAGUCUCUAAUACAUGGACAUUGGUAGCCGCCAUAUCUGUACACAAAGCUGUGAUUGUGUUUAGUGUUGGGAUGAAGAUGAAGGAAGUAGUCGAGGGAAAUAUUAAGAUUAUCUUAUACAUCCUGUAUCUCUCGUUAGUGUCUCCAGUAGGGAUAGCAGUCGGUUUGGUGGUGACUAAUACCGGUGUCGGGGACGAGUCAAUACAGGAGAAAAGUUCCGGAAUAUUACAGAGCCUUGCAUCAGGAACCUUCCUAUAUGUUACAUUCUUCGAAAUUCUCCAAAAAGAAUUAUCAAACGGAUACAGUUUGCAAAAAGUGUUUUUCUGUAUGUUGGGUUUUGCUGCCAUGGCUGGCCUGAAGGUACUGGACACUGACUAACCCGUACUUAUUACAAUAUUAUGUUAAAUUUAUCUUAAUUACUCUCUAACGCUGCAUUAAUGAACUGGCUAUUAAGUUUUUCUUUUCAAAUUGUGUUAAAGUAACUGUAAAAUAUCAAACCUGUUUCAAUGAUUCGAAUUUUAAAUAUUUUACUUGCUGGUUGCCUUAUUCUUGUUUUGGCGUAAUUUUCAAACCGUGGACAAAAAUCUAAAAAUAAAAAUAAAACUUCAAA